AUGUAUUGAAAAUGCAUCUGUUGAUGUCAGCAUCCGAACCGUCGUGUCCCCCAUCCUGUGGUCUCGGUAUGCUGCACACCGUGACGGAUCGCGUUGCGUCGUGGUUCCGCUGCGUUUGGGUUGUGGGCUUCGAAGGCUUACUGUCCUCUGUCUCCUGGGUUUCGCUGCGUCGAGUGCUGUUGGUGGUGCCCGCGGCAACCGGCGGGUGUGGGCCCAGGGGGGAGAGGGGUUGUGUUCCUUUUGCGCCCCCGUGCACAGGUGGAGGCUUUCCGUCCGUCCGGGCGUGUUGGAAGCGUGGUGCAUUCGUUUCUCUCUUCACCCACGUUUCUCGAUGGAGAGAUGAGGCUGUGCACUUCGCUGUCGGUACGUUUUGGGCAGGCGGUGGCAUCCGGCUGUGGGCCGAAGCUGUCGGUGGUUCCUUCGUGCGCGCCGUUGUUCGGGUCGUGUGGUUAACUUGCGAUCUCUGGGUGUGGUGUGGGCGGGUGCUGUUCGCAGCCAAACUCUUGGGCGGGUGCGGCGGGCUGUGUUGGAUUGUGUGGUACCUUGCCGUUGGAGAUGGCCUACGGAGGGAAGUUCACCUGCAGUUCAAACAGCCGGACUUCGCGGCGUCUCGGCAGCUCAUUGCACGUUCCACGAUUGUUCGACGGCUCCAGCUCCGACCCCCAGAUCUGCUAUCCUUUACCAUCGAAGGGGGGACGGCAGUUGCGCGACUGACCCCUGAUUUGGGGUAUUUACUGAUGACGUACGCGCGGGCUCAUGCAGUAGUGCUCAAGCUCCCAGAAGUAGUGGCGGACUGGUCACGACGUAUGAAGAAGGCAUGGAUGACGGCGCGCGAAGACCUGUGGCUAAUGGGUAGGGGUCCGUGGAAGGGGAUGAUUGACAUAGAGGGCUCGUGGACGAUCAUCUAUAUGGCGCCCUCCACGGAGGUGAGGGACUGGCUUAAACAUGAACGGAAGGUGGAGUCUAUAUUGGUGGGAGAUGUUGGUCAUGAAGUACAACUGGUCCCAUGGCGAACGCCUGCGGAAAUGGAGUUUCAGCGGGAGGAGGAGAAAGGACAUCGGCCAUGGGUCAAAGUGUUCAGCCCCCCCUCCUUUUUGGUCCCUCUCGAAGAACAGAUGGUGCAACAACUUUUUGGCGAGAUUGUUUCUAUAGCCCUCUUCUGUGAAGAAGAAAGSGAAUAUYGRAGGYAUGUGGUUAGGGGCCCACURAAGAUGCGCCAGGUUGAGAGGGUAGYUGUGGCUUUUGGGCCUACGACUACGCAGGAGUUUCGCUUUAUUACGAGCGAAACUCCAUUUUGCGACGUCUGUUUUACGCAUGGGCAUUUGGGACGGGAAGGCCGAUGCCUUUCCAAGGCGGAAUCAGCCAGAGAGCUGCAGGAGAAGGAGAUACGCCGGCGAAUGGACCCCAUUUUAGCGUUGAAUGUGGAAGCGGAAAGGCGAGCCUGGAGGGAGAUCGAGCAGCGAUACGAUGCGGUGGUGCUGAAGGAGUUGCAGGCGACACACUGGCGCGUGGGGGGCCCCGAAGUAGCAGAGGGCUAUCGCAGGCGACAGGACUCGAAACCCCGUGGUCGACAUACCCGGCCGCCAGGGGGACGGGCGGAGGUAGGCACAGGGACCCCCCAGUGGAGGUGCAUGACCGCAUGGAGAUUGACCCCCCUGUGUGGCUCUUUGGUGAUAUGCACCGGAAACGUAAGGAGUGUACCAAGGGGGCCGGGGUUGAGGUGGGGAUUGAGAAGCGGCAGUGUGGUCCUAGCAUGCAGCCGGCUUCGGCAACUUCGAGAACUGCAGCCACGGAUGCGCUGGUUGACUGACGACCACGUGCAACCGGCUGAAGUGGGGAAUGGAUGGGGAGGGGUGGGGGGGGACGACCUGGUCGAUAAAGAGGUCUUUGUCCAAGAGCGAGGCUCACGGGUUGAAGCCUCCAACGAGCCAUUGAUCCCGGUCGAUGCACAGGUACAGGGGACGGAGGAUAAGGUGGAGGGAACUGAGCAACAACGGGUGACCAAGCCGGCAACCCUUGUGGAACAGGAGUGUAGGGCCCACGCGCAGCCGACCCCGACUGACGCCCAAGUACAGGGGAUGGGGAGUAAGGUGGCGGGGACUGAACAGCAACAGGGGGACAAAGGGACACCUCCUGUGGCGCAGGAGCGACGGGUGCAUCCACCAGGGAUGGGGCGUGAAGAGGAGGGGGCUGCGAAGCACACAUCGGUUACCCCCCCGGAGGAGCGGGGAAGGUGGGCGGGCGUAGUAAAGGAAAAGGUAAUCUCUGAUGUGGAGUGUCGCCGGGAAGGGAUAGCGUGCGUGCCCGAACUGGAUAGGGAGUGGGGGCGGGGGGAGACGAGUGGAGGACGGGCGGAUGAGGCGGAAGCAGGUAAGGUGGAGGAGGGGGCUGCGAAGCACACAUCGGUUACCCCCCCGGAGGAGCGGGGACGGUGGGCGGGCAUAGUAAAGGAAAAGGUAAACUCUGAAAUGGAGUAUCGCCGGGAAGGAAAAGCGUGCGUGCCCGAACUGGAUAGGGAGUGGGGGSGGGGGGAGACGAGUGGAGGACGGGCGGAUGAGGCCCAGUCACCGCCCCCCCCCCCGGAGGAGGAAGCAGGUAAGGUGGAGAUAUUGGAGGGGAAGGAGGAAGACAGUCAGGGCAGACUUGAUGGGCAGGCACUUCGGAUUUCGGGGGGGGAGACAGGGCAAACCAAGGAGGUGCUGCGUGAGCUUGGGGGGGAAUGUAAGCAGAAGGGGCAGGUGGGGCUGGAUGAGAUCAGUCCAGGGAAAGUGCCGGAGGACAUUAAUGAGGCCAGUGGAUGGUCGAAUGAGGAGGUAGUGGAAUCUUCGGGAAGGAUGGAUGAAGAGGGAGGGGGGGGGAAUAGAAAGGAAAGCACGCCAGGGGGGAAGGUCGGGGAGAGUGAGGUACUCCCAGGGGGAGGGCAGACACGGGGAGAAGACAAGCAAGUGAUGCUUGACUAUGUGCGGGCCAGCAUAUUAGACAAGAAGGUCGGGGAGGAGGAGACGGUGGGGGGGAACAGCAAGGAACGCACGCCAGGAGGAAAGUUCAGGGAGAGUGAGGCGCUUCAAGGGGGAGGGCAGGAACGGGGAAGGACGGGAGAGAGUGGUGGGAAGGAGGAGGUGGGUGGGGGGGGAAGGGGGGAAAAGGAUGGGUCGGGGGAUGGAUCGAGGAAUGGAGAACCACCUCUGGGGCAGCAGCAGGAAUGCUGGCUCCUUAUCCCUUAUGGUCGCACAGAAAUGGGUGCGGAGUCAACAAAUGUGCAUAUCCAAGUCUCGGGGGGCGCGAAAGAAGGCGAAUCGGACGACGUGGAGGUGGUGGACCUCGCAGCUAGCCUGUCGGCCCUCUCCCCUCCCCCCCCUCCUCCCCCCUCCCACAAAUGUGAGCCCACUGCUGUGMYAUCGGACAGYGGAUYGGUGGGCAUGCCGAGACGUCGGCGGAAGCAGCUGACCUCGGGUCCGCCCAUAUCGAGCCCCGCGAAGGUGGGAAGUUCCUUACAGCAAGCAACAGGGGCGAUCCAGUCCGAUCGAGAAGAGGAGCGACGCRAGCUGCAGGCACGGGUGGACGCAAAGCCGAAGAGGUGGGAUCGGUCCCGCUCCCCGGCUGGUCGUAAGGUGCAGCCGCAUAAAGACGAGGACCGAUGGGUGUCCCCGCAGCGAAGACGCAUUGAAGAAGAGGAGUUGCAGAAUAAGGUGGCCGAGGAGGGGCUGGCGGAAGGCAUGGAGGACGCACAACCCCGCCAGCCUGCCCCGGAUYUGGAUGAGCCCAUGAUAGGGGAUGAAGGCGGGGACUCGACGGAUGACAGGGGCGGAGYGAUKGAUGAGGACAUGGAUAUCAACGAGGGAAUGGAAGCAGACAUGGAUAUUAAUACAACGGUGAAGGGGUCGCUACAGGAAAUAUUGGCAGCCGGGGAGUGUUAUGUCUGCCCGRUGAUGCUAUGGUGGGCGGAGCAAGGCAUUAAGGUGGUCACGAAAGGCAGUACGGAAUUCUUCGUCUAUGCGGCGCGCUCCCUCCCCAAGAACCCGAAUAUUACCAGACAGAAUCAAACUUCCAUGAGAAUGAACCCCCUUUGCAAAAGUAAAGCGUAACAUGUCCAUAUGCAGAAUCAUACCCCCCAUGCAGAAGUAAAGCGCCAUGCAGAAC